GUUCUUUGUCCGAAUCUACUUCUCGGGACAAGAUCCACAUUCACGGGUAUUCAACCCGCCUUAUCAUCUUCCACUUACAUCAGAGAACCAGAGCGAGAACUUUAGACAUUUUAUUCGCAGUACUACGUGGAUGCUGUCUCCAGUACAUAUUUUAUCUCGUCGGAGCCUUCGUUCACUUGCCACUGCGAUUGAUCAACCUCGGCACCCGGUUUUUCGCCAGCAACAGACCCUCUCCACUCUAUUUUCGUCGCGUUCAAUUCAUUCAAAGGUUUUAAAACCCUCAGAGUCAACCUCAACUCGGAUCUUUCCUCGUUCGCAUUCACGUUUAUAUACUACAUUGACGGACGACCUCGCCAAAAUGAGCUCCCUUACCCCAUACCAGCGCAAACAUAAGGUCACCGUGAUAGGCUCAGGAAAUUGGGGCACUGCUAUUGCCAAGAUCAUCGCUGAGAAUACUGCCAGCAACUCUGCGAUCUUCGAGAAGGAUGUUCAGAUGUGGGUUUUUGAAGAGCAUGUGGAAGUUCCAAAGACAUCCCGUCACUACAACCCCUCUUCGCCCCUAUGCCAGGGUCCUCAGAAAUUAACAGAGAUCAUCAACAAGACACACGAGAAUGUCAAAUACCUACCAGGCAUUAACCUUCCUACAAAUUUGCACGCUAAUCCCUCAUUGGAGGACUCGGUCAAGGACAGUACUAUCCUUAUUUUCAAUCUGCCUCAUCAGUUCAUUCUCAAGACCUGUGAGCAGAUCAAGGGCAAGAUUCUGCCAUAUGCACGUGGUAUUUCUUGCAUUAAGGGCGUUGAUGUGCGGGAGGAUGGAAUCAGCCUUUUCUCAGAAACCAUCGGCAAGAUUCUUGGGAUCUACUGUGGCGCUCUCUCUGGCGCAAACAUCGCCAGCGAGGUUGCGCAGGAGAAGUGGUCUGAAUCAAGCAUUGCUUACGAUCCUCCUCAUCUAGAUUCGAAAGCCCCCUCUCCUAAUCGCUCCCCUUCUUCGUCGACUGUGGAUGUGGUCCAUUUCACGCACAAGGACGUCUCGGGCCAACUAUCUCAGGUGAAACUGCAGGCGUUGCCCUCCCAGUAUCCACCCAUUGACCACGCCGUUCUUAAGUCGCUUUUCCAUCGCCCGUACUUCCAUAUCAGCGUGGUGCACGAUGUUGCGGGUGUCUCCCUCGGUGGUGCCCUCAAGAAUGUCGUCGCUAUUGCCGCAGGCUGGGUUGAAGGGAUGGGAUGGGGUGAUAACGCCAAAGCUGCCGUCAUGCGGGUCGGUCUGCUGGAGAUGGUCAAGUUUGGUGAGAUGUUUUUUGGCGCGACUAUUAACACCCGAACAUUCACCGAGGAGAGUGCCGGUGUUGCCGACUUGAUCACCAGCUGCAGCGGUGGUCGCAACUUCCGUUGCGCCAAGCUUAGCAUUGAGAGAAAUCAGCCGAUCGGCAAGGUCGAAGAAACUGAGCUCAAUGGCCAGAAGCUCCAGGGCACUUUGACUGCAAUUGAAGUGAAUAAGUUCUUGAAGAACCAGGGCGUUGAAGAGGAAUAUCCCUUGUUGACCGCCGUUUAUCGGAUUCUGGAAGGCACUAUGUCUGUUCAAGAUAUCCCUUCUUAUAUUGAGCGGUAAAUAGGACCUGAUGCUUUUGUCUCCCAUGCUUUUCUAGUCCGGUUAUUAAUUCACGGGUAUCUGUCUUCUUUUCAUUACAGCAAGCCGGAGUCUGUUUCGCAGUAUGAAUCACAAGGAGUGAAUGGUGGCGGCGCAAGUCAGGCGGUUUUGGCCAAGUUGUGAGGUGGCAGGAUGCAUGUCUCACAUAUCUGUUUAUAAUUAUUUGCGUCUUGAGACUUGCCGGUAGGUCUUUUCUCAUGUUAUCUUAUCUUGGGUAUGGAUGCUAUAAAUGCGCAUAGACUAGUGACUAUAUAGAGCAAUUUUCCAGAUAUAUUUUUCCGCCGUUAAUUUUUAUUUUUGAUUGAUUUUCCCCGGCUAAAAAGGCCGACUCCACACGAUAACUCGGAGUUCCUUUGAGGUGUACCGGGGGUCCAAGUGGUCGAGGCCUUUGCAAUUUUGCAUGAUGUCAGACUUCCUGCGGGGUUCGAAACGCCCAGGAACAUAAAUG